AUGUAGGAGUCAAUGUCCAGGGGUUGUAUUUCUGCAUAUUUGAAAGUUCAUGAAAUUAGUUUAUUUACUAUCUCCACCUGGAUGGAAAGAGCCUUCUGUAAUGUGGCCCUCUGGAUGUUGCUGGGCUACAACUCCCAUCAUCCCUUUGCCUGAGCUGGAUUUAAAUUUGAAGUCCUACAAAUUCCAGGGCAGGGGGGCACAAGUGAUAGCUAAGACACCAGGGAGCCAUUUGUGAUGUCAUCAGAAAAAAACUAAGCAGGAAAUAUGAAAAGUGACAUUUUGAAAUCAAAGGAGACCUAAGAGGCACAAGAGGAGCUAACCAAGUAAUGGGAUGAAGAAAUCCUCAAGUUCUCGGGGUGCCAACAUCCAUGAACUCCUAAAUGCAGAUGAUCAUGAAGGAAAGAGAAGGAAAAAGGGCCCAGUGUAUGUGGAAAUAUUCAAAGACAAAUCAGUAUUAAAUAGACAUUUCAGAACACAAACAAGGGAGAACCCACUGAAAUGCAUGCAGUAUGGAAAGAGUAGAAAUCUCACUACACAUCAAAGAACCUACACAGGGGAGAAGCCUCAUAAAUGCAUUGAGUGUGGAAGGGUCUUCAGCCAGAGAGGAAAUCUGAAUAUACAUCAAAGAACCCACACUGGAGAUAAACCAUAUAAAUGUAUGGAAUGUGGUAACAGCUUCAGCCAGAGUGGAAAUCUAAAGAAACAUCAAAGAACCCACACAGGGGAGAAACCAUAUGAAUGCUUGGUGUGUGGAAAGUGUUUCAGUCGGCGUGGUGCCCUUACUUUACAUGAAAAAACCCACACAGGGGAGAAACCAUAUGAAUGCUUGGUAUGUGGAAAGAGCUUCAGUCAGAGGGUACAUCUUAAUACACAUCAAAGAACCCACACAGGGGAGAUGCCUUUUAAAUGUGUGGUGUGUGGAAAGAGCUUCAGUGACAGCAGCCAUCUUGUCGUGCAUCAAAGAACCCACACAGGAGAGAAACCAUAUAAAUGUAUGGAGUGUGGAACGAGCUUCAGAGUGAGCAGCCAUCUUGUCGUGCAUCAAAGAACCCAUACAGGGGAGAAGCCAUAUAAAUGCAUGGAGUGUGGAAAGAACUUCAGUCGGAGUAGUCACCUCAAUUUACAUCAAAGAACCCACACAGGAAAAAAACCAUAUAAAUGCUUGGUGUGUGGAAGGAGCUUCAGCCAGGGUGGAAAUCUUAAGAAACAUCAAAAAACCCACACAGGGGAGAAAUCAUAUCAAUGCCUAGUGUGUAGAAAGAGCUUCCGUGAGAAUGGAACCCUUGCUUUACAUCAACGAACCCACACAGGGGAGAAGCCAUAUGAAUGCACUGAGUGUGGAAAGAGCUUUCGCCAUCGUGGAACCCUUGCUGUACAUCAACGAACCCACACAGGAGAGAAACCAUAUGAAUGCAUCGAGUGUGGAAAGACAUUCAUUGAUAGCGGUAGUCUUGCUAAACAUGAAAGAAUUCACACAGAUGAGAAACCAUAUGAAUGCUUUGCGUGUGGUAAGAGCUUCCGUGAGAGUGGAGCCCUUACUUCACAUCAAAGAACCCACACAGGGGAGAAGCCAUAUAAAUGCAUGGAGUGUGGCAAGAGCUUCAGUCAGAGUGGAUCACUUGUUCUGCAUAAAAGAUCCCACACAGGGGAGAAACCAUAUAAAUGCAUGGAGUGCGGAAAGACAUUUAGUGAUAGCAGUUCUCUUGCUAAACAUCAAACAAUUCACAGUGGUGAGAAAUCAUAUAAAUGUAUGGAAUGUGGAAAGAGCUUCAGGAGUGGUACCAACCUUACUUCACAUCAUAGAACCCACUCUAGGACACAGUCAUAUAAAUGUGUGGAGAGUUGAUAGUUGAUAGGCAUUACCAUAAGAAUACACAUCAUAUGGGACCCCAGGGUAUCCACAUAAGUGGGAAGACAUUUAAGUGCAUGUGGUGUGGAAGGGGCUUGAGCAACACUCAAACCUUAUUAGAGAUUACAGACCCCAGUCAGGAGAAAAAUCAGUAAAUAAUGGGAGAUCUUACUAGCAGGCAAACCAUAGAACAGCUCACUCUGACUAAAGCUGCUGUGGGAAACCAUGACUGAUUUUCUAUUUCACCUUCCCUCUGUGGAGAAAUACUUUAUAUAUGUCUCCACAGUGUGUUCCUAGGCCUGGAACUUCUGGGAAGAUGCAAGUAGCAGAACUUGCCCUCUGAGACCAUGGGGCAGGGCAGUGGUGGAUGUAUGUAAUUUAUUCUGAGUUUCUUUCCUGGACAUUUUUUUUUCUUAAUAAUGUUAUUUGGUAUUUAGGUUAAUUUUUGUAAAUUGUAUUGCUUUCAUUGAUGUAUUUUUAUACUUGUGUUUAUUUUUCUUUGUAAGACGCC